AUGGCGGACCAACAGAGACUCAAAUCCUCUCGACAGAGAAAUAUCGCGCAAGCGUUGCGUAAAGUCGACGCGGCUGGACGAGAGGCGGCGAUUUCUGCAAGGUUAGACGCGUUAGAACGGGACGCGUUACCGGACGACGACGAAGGAGGAGGAGGCGACACCAUGGACGAGGAGUUCGUGGUCGAGGAACCGAAGUUGGACGGGGCGAUGACGAAGAUUGUUCCGGCGUCGAAGAAGAAAAAGAAAGGAGGAAGCGAAGGAGGGGGGUCAAAUGCGAAGGGUGGUGGGAGAGCGACGCGUGGAGCCGGCGGGGAUUCGAGUAAAGCGUUAUCGGCGAAAGCGCUGAGGACGUUCAAUCAACUGUUAGAGGCGAACGCGUUAGACCGAGCGCCGGUCGGGAUACCUACGUACACGUCCAUCGCGGCUGGGCCGCCGAGUAGCGGCGCGCCGAGAAAGUUUUGCUCCGUGUGCGGAUUUCCGAGCCCGUACACGUGCUCGCGUUGCGGCAUGAGAUUUUGUUGCAGGAAGUGUAAUCAGAUUCACUCGGAAACCAGGUGUUUGAAAAUGUUAGGGUAA